AGUUAAUCCUCGAGGCUCGAGCUUGAGCAGCCGAAGCCGUGAAGCGCCCAAUCCCAUGAAAUUCCACGCAGGGACAUUCCUGCGUGCGCGAGAGAGAGGGAGGAAGAAAAGGAGAAGACAAGGCCACAGAAAGCUCAGAGAGAAAGAAUGACAGCGAGGAAUUGCCGCUAUAAAGAGAGGUCGGCUUCGAUCAAGGAAUUGCCAUCGCAUUUGAUUUUGGAGAUUUUGACCUCGGGCCGGCUCAGUGCGGUUGAUCUUGUUAGUUUGGAGUUGACUUCAAGCAUUUUUGGUGGGAAUCAUGGGUUGUACCCUCAUAAGUUCCGGUCAUUGGUGGACUUUGUGGCAUUUCAGCUGUGCGAUUCCAAUACUAUAUAUGCUCGAAUGGCUGGGAAUGCUCAGAGAGAGUUGUUUGAUCGAUGUAAUGGGAACUGGAAGCGGGUUUUGAGGUUCUUGCAAUCGGUGGAGCAAUCGUCUGGGAUGGUCGAGACCUCAGCAGGCAAGAUGCAGAUUACCACGGGAAGAUAUCACACAUUGCUGAUCAACAAUUCGACUGUGUACUCUUGCGGUACCAGCUUGUGUGGUGUUCUUGGCCAAGGCCCUGAAGCGACGCAAUGUGUAGCAUUUACCCGGAUUGAUUUCCCAUCUUUGGCUCAAGUUAUGCAUGUUUCGGCCACUCAGUAUCAUGCUGCUUUUGUCAUGCAGUCUGGCCAGGUUUUCACUUGUGGAGAUAAUUCAUCAUUUUGUUGUGGGCACAGUACUGCCCGCCCCAUUUUUAGGCCUCGGCUUGUUGAAGCAUUGGAAGGAGUUCCUUGUAUGCAGGUUAGCACAGGGCAUAAUAUUACAGUGUUCCUCACUAGACAAGGCCAGGUUUAUACAUGUGGAGCCAACACACAUGGUCAGCUUGGUCAUGGUGACACCCUAGACAGACCAACUCCCCAAAUCAUUGAAGAUCUUGAGGGAGUUGGUUCUGUUGUAUACGUUGCUGCAGGUUCAAGUUAUGUAUUAGCUGUUACUGACAAUGGGGCAGUGUACUCCUUUGGAUCAGGUUCUAAUUUCUGUCUUGGCCAUGGAGAGCGGCAUGAUGAGCUUCAGCCACGAGAAAUCCAGACAUUUCAGAGAAUGAGUAUUCAUGUGCUUCGUGUCGCUGCUGGUGAUGAGCAUGCUGUGGCACUUGACUCCAGUGGACUUGUAUAUACUUGGGGCAGAGGCUUCUGGGGAGCAUUAGGGCAUGGUUAUGAUGUUGAUAAGACUACUCCAAAACUUGUGAACAGCCUUAAGAGCCGACUUGUUGUGCAGGUCUGUGCAAGAAGAAGGGAAACCUUUGUUCUGGCUGAUGAUGGUUCAGUUUAUGGCUUUGGGUGGAUGGGGCUCGCUAGCCUUGGGUUCCCAGACAGGGGAGUAUCUGAAAGGAUCAUGAGGCCUAAAAUCCUUAGAUGCUUAAGAGCUCACCGUGUUUCUCAAAUUAGCACAGGGUUCUGUCAUACAGUUGUUGUCACUAACCGUGGACAACUCUUUGGGUUUGGAGACAAUGAAGGAGCACAACUUGGUCAUGACACAUUGAGAGUGUUCCUUGAACCCACCGAAAUUCUUAUCCAACAAAUGACAGAUGACAAAGGUAAUUCUGAUAGCAGAUGAUACUCGGGGACCAACCGUCCCAUCUACUUUGUUCUGGCCUUGCAGAUGCAACUUUAAUUGAGAUAUGCAGUGUAUGUGAGGAUUAAAGAGGCUAUUAAAGAUAAGUUUUACAAUGUCAUACAACAUUUAGCAUUUUCCUUGCAUUCAAGAUGUUUUACCAUGUAUUUGUCUUUGUCAAGGAAAUUCUUUCCGCAUGGGAAAGAUGUGCUAAUCCAUUAGAGAUCAGCACAUUAGAUGGGGAUGGGAAUCUAACUCCCAUCAGGCAGGGAAUCCAUCCCAUGCCGUCCCGUAUAUCGCAUAUAUUCCGUUACAUAAAUAUCCUACCUUUUCAACUUGCAAAGCAUAAAUUUAGAAAGAA